GUUCAGUUCUAACCGGUUUCCAUCGGGUCGACUUAUGCUCGGUUAUCGUGCGAACAAAAUUACCGAGAGGCAUCCUGGAAACAAUGACCUCGAGAUCGAUUAACGACAACGUCGUCGAGCUACGAAAAUCGAACCAAUACCUUGGGACUUUCAUAGCGUCCCUCGGCGGUUUCGCGCUCGGCGUCUCCCUCGGAUGGAACUCCAGCGCCAGCCUGGUCCUCAGGAACCACCUCGACGCGACUUCCGACGAGAUUGGACUGAUCGGCGGCAUUCUGAACUCGGGUGUCAGCGUCGGGGCGAUCCUGGCGCCGUUCAUCGUCGCGAGGUACAGCCGGAUCUCCGCGAUGCUCGCCACCAUGCCCGCCUUCGCAGCCGGAUGGGUCCUCAUCUGUCUCGCAGGACAACAAGUCGUCCUCCUGAUCAUCGGCCGGGUGAUCUGCGGAGUCUCUUCCGGCGUGUUCUGCGUCCUAACGCCCGUCUACGUGGCCGAGGUGGCCGACAAAAAGAUCCGCGGUCGUCUGCUCUCGUUCUUCCAAGUUUUCAUCAACCUCGGCAUCAUGUACGCCUUCGUCGCGGCUCACGUGAUCGACGAACAGGAGACCGUGUGGAAGUACAGCUCAAUUUGCGGGAUCGCGUGUCUCUCGAUCGCGGCCGCGAAAUUGCUGCCCGAAAGUCCGUUCUACUAUUUGUCGAGGAACGAGGAGAUCAAUGCCGAGAAAUCGUUGAGAUGGUAUCGAGGCGACACUUGCGAUGCGCAGCAGGAAGUCAACGAGAUGAAACGGCUGAUACGUAUGACUCGACCGAAAAAGCCGUGGCCGAAGUUGUUGAAAAAUCGUCGAGUCCUGCGAUCGUUAGCGGCCUGCCUCGGCGUGGUAUUGAGCCAUCAAUUCAGCAGCGUCAACGUGAUGAUCUUCUACGCUCUGACGCUUUUCAACACGAUCGGUUCCGGCGAGCUAACCGGAAGCGAACAGACGUUGCUCGUCGGCGGCGUUCAAAUAUUGGCGUCUCUCGUCGCCGCGUUCCUCGUCGACAUACUUGGACGUCGAAUCCUGCUCGCCGUGUCCACGUUGCUCAUGGGAUUGUUCCUGAUACUGUUAGGAUACUUCUUCACCCUGCGGGACAGCGACCCUGAAAACGAGGACAUUUACUCGUGGAUGUCGCCUGCUUGGAUCAUCCUUUUCUUCGGCGCGUUCAAUAUCGGGCUAGGACCAAUCUCCUGGUCGCUGUUAGGCGACACGAUGCCGUUCGAAAUCAGGCUACCGGUCGCAGCUGUCGUCGUCUGCCUCGGCUGGCUAGUGUCGCUGAUAUCCACCCUGACUUUCGACGAAAUGAUCAUCGCUCUCGGCGCUACCAAAGCCAUGUGGUUCUCAGCUGCUAUGUGCUGGCUGGCCACCCUAUUCUGCGCCAUAGUGGUCAAGGACACCACCGGCAAGAGCCUGGUCGAGGUCCACGAGGAGCACUUCUCCGCCGAGACCAACAGAGCAAUAGAGGAGACCUGAUGGCUACUUGCGGACUCGAAUGAUAAUUGGAUGUCCCGGCGACGGGACCUCGGUUAAUUGUAUCGAAUCGAUCGCUCUGAUUCGGCUGUGCCACCUAUCAUAAUUAUCCCGAUGCUUUACUCUACCGACCCUUUGUAAUUAGAGCUAUUUUAACACCGAUCCUGGCGAUUUUAUUUAACCUUGAUUUAUCUGUUAUUUUGAUCGCAGGUUAUAUUCGUAUGAUCUUGACGUAUUUUCAACGCUUUUUUAUUGAUCUGAUAGUUUUUAUUCGCAUGACUGUUGAGAUAAUACAGUAAGUUCUCUCUAA